GAGCGCAUGCGUGGGGGGUUCUUUCCUUUUUGUCUCGUUGCUUCCGAGAAAGUAAGAUGGGUCACCAGCAGCUCUACUGGAGUCACCCGAGAAAAUUCGGCCAGGGUUCUCGCUCUUGCCGCGUCUGCUCAAACCGACACGGCCUGAUCCGGAAAUAUGGGCUCAACAUGUGCCGCCAGUGUUUCCGUCAGUACGCCAAGGACAUAGGCUUCAUCAAGUUGGACUAAAUGAUCUUCCUUGAAUUGGCUGUGGAGAAAUCUACCGUAAAGCAGAAACUAGUUUUUUGUACAUAAAAUAAAAUACUUCAAUUAUGAGUGUUGUAAUGUGAGUGGUGUAAUCAAUUGAU